UUGAAUAUGAUCGCUACACUGAAUGACAUUGGCCAGAGUUUGCACCAGACUUCCUCCUUAAGCGCCACACGUCUCGGACUUCCAGUCCGAGAUUUCUCGGACCGCCAAGCUGUGUGGUGUGCCACUCCAACUCUACGUUGUGUUUAUCGGCGUUUAGCGCUAAUGUUCAUGCUCUGAGCUAAAAGCUACAGUUUCUCCUCAACUCCUGCCUCUCAAUUGGUGGAGAACGGUCAGCUGACGUUGUCAUAUUGUCUCUCUCCGAGCCAAGCCUCGGCUAUAACACUCGGGUUUGUGCGUCUUAACCGGAGAUUGGAAAUUAAUAAUAUUGAAUCCUCAAAGUAGCCCACGUCCAGUUAGAGAGGCAGAAAGUCGAGGAAAAAAAAAGAAGACCCUGGAGAAAGGUGUGGUUGGUUGACACAGACGGGAGGGAGAUUUACUGAGAAGGAGAUUGAAAAGAGACCGAUAAAGAAGUGGGGAGAGUUGGAGAGAGAGGUUACAAGCAAGGCAUGAAUUCUUAUUUCGCAAACCCGUCGCUCUCCUGCCAUUUAUCCGGUGGUCAAGAUGUUUUGCCUAACGUGCCCCUAAACUCCACCACCUAUGACACAGUCAGACAUUUUUCGUCGUACGGUGCUGCCGUGACCCAGAAUCGGAUAUAUUCACCUUUCUACUCUCCUCAAGAUAAUGUCGUUUUUGGGUCUGGCAGGGCACAGUAUGAGUACGGAUCAAACGUGUUUCUUCAGGACAAGGACGUGCUCCCCAGCUGCAGGCAAACAAACAUGGGACUCAAUACACAAAGCCACAUUGCUCAAGAGUACAGUUUGGAUCAAGGAAGAGCAGGAGCGCAGGAGCAGAAAAGCAACAUCCCGAUCUACCCGUGGAUGCAGCGAAUGAACUCACACAGCGCAGGAGUGGGCUACGGGACAGACAGGCGCAGAGGACGUCAGAUAUACUCUCGUUACCAAACACUCGAGCUGGAGAAGGAGUUUCAUUUCAACCGCUACCUGACCAGGCGCAGACGCAUCGAGAUCGCAAACGCGCUUUGUUUGACAGAGCGGCAGAUCAAAAUCUGGUUUCAGAACCGACGCAUGAAAUGGAAGAAGGAGAGCAACCUGACCUCCACGGUGACUGGAAGUGAACAGACAGGAGCCUCUCAGGAGGAGGAACGCAGUGGCGCAAUGGAAGAAGGGAAGGAGGAGGACAAGAAAAAAGAAUAGUUGAAAAAGAAGUGGGGGAAAAAUAAACACCUGACGCUGACGACCAUUCAAAACCCAACAUAACUACCUAAAAAAAAUCUAUAUGGACUUGAAAGCGACCUCACUGCAUGAUGGCAACCCGCAGCUCUCCCUCUUCCAUUUCAUGUUGACCACAGGAGACUGUUGAGCCUUAGAAAUCCAAAUCAUUUCAGCCACAGUAUGGCCCCUGUGACAUUUGGAGCGCUGAGGGGUUUUUUGGGGUUUUUUUUAUUUUAUUUUAUUUUUUAUUUCAAUGUCACACUUGUAUUGUGAAAAAUAAAAAGAAGUAUUAAUUUCUGUGUGAUUACCCAUGCCAGUAAAAAUCCGUGUAUCUAUCCCCAACGCCCCAUCCAUCACUGUGAACUCUUUGAUCACCUCGCAAAAUAAAUACAGUGUUGGUCACAGACAUAACUCAGUAUUGUACAUGCACAUUCCACGAAGGGAAAGGACGGGGCGGACACUCGAUUUCAUCACAGUAUAAUCUAGUACUUGAAUCCUCCGCAAAAAAAGGGUCCUGGCUAAACCUGAAAGUUGCACGGACAGUCAACAAUCCACACACACACACCCACACACACACACACACACACACACAACUGAAAUGCUUGUAUAUAAUCCAAGUAACAGUAUAUUAUGUAAAUCCUGUGAGGACUUAUGUGCAUUUAGCUGCUUUGAUAGACGCCGCAUAACAUAAAAUUGCGCUUAGUCCCCC